CACAUCACAUCCGUUGUUGGCCCACGCCGUGCCCGCGGACUCUCCCAAUUAAAGACGCCAGACCUCAGUCUACCCAAGCAGGAGGCGGCCCGGGCCAGUCCGAGCGGGACGCCAGACUCCUCAGACCUGACUGGGUCAGUCCACCCGAGAUUCACGGAGAGUCGACAAUACAGCUCCCGGAGGCUAAAUACCCGUCACCCGAAGCGUCGGGCGUCUACAGGAGGGAGCACGAGGCUACGACAGGAGGAGCACGAGGCUACGACAGGAGGAGCACGAGGCUACGACAGGAGGAGCACGAGGCUACGACAGGAGGAGCACGAGGCUACGACAGGAGGAGCACGAGGCUACGACAGGAGGAGCACGAGGCUACGACAGGAGGAGCACGAGGCUAAAACAUGUUCAGAUACGUCAGCAGCAUCUUGCCCUGGCGAGGACGCAGAAAGACAUCGAACUUCCGUAUCAGCAUCAGCAACUCCGGCAGAUGGAAGUCUAUGCACGCCCGAGGGAUGCACGGAGUGAUAGAAGAGAACCUGGAGGAAGGGGAGGAGCUGGAUGAGGUGGAGGUGAAGCCUGCCAGGGGUUCUAACGGAGGGCACGCCACUGUAGCUGGUAGAUGCUCCAAUGGGAGCAUGAGUAUGACAGCAAUAGACGUCUGCGACUCGGCACCAGAGGAUACUUGCAAGGCGGUCCAUCCACUGUUCUCGGCGAUUCAGCGUCGUGAGGUGGAGGAGGUGGAGCACCUGCUGGUGGAGACACCGCAGGCGACGCUGGAGGAGUGUGGGGGCCUGACGCCCCUCCAUGCUGCCACCCACGUCCAGGAUGUGGCUAUUCUCAAACUGCUCCUCGAUAAUAGCGCUCAGGUGGAGGCGGUGGACGGUCAUGGGAACACAGCGCUCCACGUUGCUGUCAGUGAGGGCUGGCACCUGGGCGUGGCCGAGCUCCUCAAGGCUGGGGCCUCGCCGGAUGCUAAGCUCAUGCCCCCAUCUACUGCAGUGGCUACCAAGGUAGGGGGUACAAAUAAAAUACAAGCUGAAGGGGAUACACCUCUCCAGGCUGCAGUGAGGCGUGGAGAUGUCACCACUACUAAGAUGUUGAUGCAGUAUAGACCAGACAUGAGCGUGGUGGACAAGAAUGGGGACUCUCUUCUGCAUCUGGCUGCACAUGCUCACAGCACUGAGCUUCUGAGUAUUUUAUUGCAGCACAAGGUUUCCAGCGAGAUGUUGCACUCUCGUAGCUAUAAUGGUGGCGGCGUCAUGCAUGCGGCCAUUGUGAAGGCAUGUGAUAAGGUUGUUGAAGAUACGCUCCUGGAAAUUCUUCAGAUGCUGUUUAACACUGGAGUAGACGUCAACUUGAGAAAUAAUCAGGGAGAAUCUCCUCUCUUUUUAGCUGCAUGCUUUCGGUAUUCCAAGGCCGUGGAAAGAUUGUUGUCUAUGGGAGCUGAUCCGCUGGCGGUGACGCAGAGGGGAGAGUCGGUGGUGCACGGAGCCUGCUACAAGGGUUGCUCCAGCAGCCUUACACACCUACUCAACACAGGCCGCAUCGAUAAACUCGUCACCAUGCCAAACGUCGAGGGAAUUGAACCCUUUCUCUAUGCCAUUCGCAGCAGUUCAAUCGACUGCUGUGAAAUUUUACUGAACAACGGUGACCACCUCACACGGGAAGACAGUGAAGGUGUUUCUCGCUGUGCGCUGCUCCUCACCUAUCUCCCGUCAGCUCCAGAUCUUCUCAAACGACUGUUUGAUGCUCGCAUUCAUUUGUCAGACGAGCCCCAACAUGACCCCAAUUUCCGCGUCACCUUCGACUACUCGAGCAUACUGUGUCAGGAGAAGGGUGAGAUACAAAGUUCCCUUAUGAAUGAUCUAAACAGUUCAGAAGCAGAAGCUCUCCUUAAACAUCCUCUCAUAGAGUCUUUUCUUGGUAUUAAAUGGAGCAAAAUUAAGUUAUUCUUUUACAGUAAAAUAAUCUGCUUCUUCAUUUUUCUGUUGCUGCACACAACGUACAUCGUCUCUACGUACAAGAAGACAUCGAAGAUGUCCAGGGCUCUUAUUAGCCUCUUGGUAUUUCGCAUUUUACACAUGUUUAUGUACUUUGUCAUCCUGUGGCCUGAGCUUAUCACUAUUAUUGGUAACCCCCAGAAGUACCUCAAGCACUGGGAAACAGUAACCAAAUUUAUUUCAUUAGUAUCUUCUGCUUAUGUUGUGUUCGGUCAUGAACUAUUGAUAAAAGCAGUCCCCGGAUUGGAGACCAAUAUAAUGAACCAGACAAACUCAACACCAGGUACACACUUGUCAGUGGAGAGACAAAUGGCGGCGGUAUCUGUCUUCUUCGGGUGGGUAGAGCUGAUGAUGUUGUGUGGACGGCUCCCUAUCCUUGGAGCCCAUGUUCUUAUGUUCACACGAAUUGCUAAGUCUGCCCUUAAAUUUAUAGCAUCAUUUAUUAGCCUGCUGAUUGGGUUCGCGUUAAGUUUUAUGGUAUUGUUUUACGAGAAGGAAGAAUUCGGCAGUUUCGGAAGAAGCCUGGCCAAGACGCUGAUGAUGAUGGUGGGAGAGUUGGAUUACACGGGGAUGGUGGACUCUAACACUGCCUACAUCAGCUACAUUGUUCUAAUGGUGUUCCUCUUCCUCGUAUGCGUCCUCAUGGCCAACCUUCUCAUCGGCCUUGCUGUCGAUGACAUAUCUAACCUGGAGCGACUUGGUGAAAUUGAAAGAUUGUCAAAGCAAGCAUCGUACCUAGUCACAUUUGAGAAGCUCACCGGUGUUGUACAAAGAUUUAGAUUAUUUCCACGACUGGCAACAUUUUUAAGUAACAUAUCCAAGACUAACCACAAAGAGAAUGUUUAUGUGAACAGGAAGCGAUCCAGCAGGUGGCAAUGCCCUCGGUAUCAAACCCCCGCCAGUACAGUCCAGGCCGCCAUCUUGACUGCCAGAGCCAACCAGACCUCUCGUGAGACUAGCACCGAGCCGUGUGUGGCCGAGUAUAUAGCACACACAAAGAAAUUUGAGGCAAAGUUAGAAAAGAUAGAAAAUAUGUUGAAGGAAGCUAUUCGUGACACUUGCAAACUGUAAGUCAAAAAAUAAUAUUAAAGCUUUUGAAACUUGUAGCCAGCACACACCGAGGAAGACCUCGACAAAUCUGCAGGCAGCACACACCGAGGAAGACCUCAAGAAACCUGCAGGCAGCACACACCGAGGAAGACCUCAAGAAACCUGCAGGCAGCACACACCGAGGAAGACCUCAAGAAACCUGCAGGCAGCACACACCGAGGAAGACCUCAAGAAACCUGCAGGCAGCACACACCGAGGAAGACCUCAACAAA